AUGUUUGAAGCGCGUUUAAGUCAAGGGUCUCUUCUUAAAAAAUUACUUGAAGCCAUUAAGGAGCUUGUAACAGACGCAAACUUUGAUUGUAAUGAGACGGGAAUUGCACUUCAAGCUAUGGAUAACUCGCACGUCGCGUUGGUGUCACUUUUGCUUCGCUCAGAGGGGUUUCACCCAUACCGAUGUGACCGAGGCUUCUCUUUAGGUGUUAACUUGAACUCUUUGAGUAAGAUAUUGAAAUGUGCAGGAAACGAUGAUAUUAUUACUUUAAAAGCCGACGACAACUCGGCGGAUAGUUUAAGUUUAUGCUUUGAAAGUCCAAGUAAUGAAAGGGUCAGUGAAUAUGAAUUGAAAUUAAUGGACAUAGAUCAAGAACACUUAAGUAUUCCUGAAACUGAUUAUGAUGCGACAAUUAUCAUGUCUUCGGCCGAAUUUCAAAGAAUCUGUCGUGAUCUAAUGGUUAUCAGUGAGUCAGUGAGCGUUGAUGUUGCAAAGGACGCGGUCGUAUUUUCGGCAGAAGGUGAAAUGGGUUCCGGAAGUGUAAAAUUGAAACAAAAUCCAUCAGUUGAUAAGCCGGAAGAACAAGUUGUGAUUGAACUCAAUACUUCAGUAUCACUCCAAUUUUCCCUUAAAUAUCUAAUGAAUUUCACGAAAGGAACACCCUUAUCUGAUCAAGUUAUGCUUGGUCUUUCGGAAAAUAUGCCUCUACUGGUGGAAUAUAAAAUGGACGAUGCUGGUUAUAUUAGAUUUUAUCUUGCACCAAAGAUUGGCGAAGAAUAA